AUGAAUGGAAACAAUAUUUUUAUCAUUGUUCUUCUUCAAGCAAUUUACACUGUUCAGCAAAAGGAAUUUAAUUUCCCAUCUGAGAUCCAAGCAUUGAUUGGCUCCUGUGUGGAGAUCCCUUGUACGAUCAGAACCUCUGCAACAGAGCCGAAGAACGAUAAGGUGUGUGUGGCGCGUAACGAGGAGUACUUUUGGUUCCAGGAUUAUAUACAGCUCAAAUCCUUCUGAAAUAUCAUCAGAGUAUAAAAACCGAGCGGCCCUAAUAGGCAGUCCAGAGGACAGCUGCAGUCUCCGAAUUCAUAAAGUGCAGCAAAAAGAUGAAAGGAGUAUUAUCCAGGCAGCAGGAAGUUUUCGCUUCGUGCAAAGGUUUCGGAGUCUGUUCAGUUACGGGUUACAGAUGUUCCGCCUCAGCCGGUGUUGUCCAUGCCUGGAGAGAUAGUCGAAGGAAUGCCAACUCUGAUCAACUGUUCUGUAGAACAUACCUGUGCCACCAGUCCACCGUUUUUGAACUGGAACAUCUCAGGUUUGCCUGUGACAGAGUAUAACAAGACCCUUGAGAAGGGGAAGUAUCUGAAAACAUCUGAACUAACCUAUGUACCCUCUAGAGAUCAUAAGGGUUCAGGCAUCCUGUGUAUUGCAAUUUUCUUUAACGGGCAAACAAGUCAAACUGAAGCUAAGCUCAACAUUAUUAACACAGAAAAAAAUUCGAACAGAGAUUUUAGGGCGAUUAUUGCCGUUGCAUGCGUAAUCUCAUUGUCAUUGAUCGCCUUCUUUAUUUGGAGAUUUCUUCUAGGUAACAAAGCUUCCACAUCCAGAGCUUCUAAUUCAUUUCUAAGAAAAAAUUAUUCAAAAGACACCAAGGACACUGGAUAUACAGAUCUUACGGAGAGAGAAAAUGCAACGUAUUGUGUAGUAGAGCCAGCAACUCGGAAGAAAAUACCACAAGGAAAGAUCCAUCGAAUGGAAAAUUCAAACAUAUAUGAGGAUAUAUGAGGCCCUAA